AUGGUAUUCACACCAGAAAUGACUAACAGGCUUCUUGAAUUAAUCCAAGCUAAUAAAGAAAAUCUUUUCCCUGGAUCAAGAAAUGCCGAUGCUAGUAGAAUUCAAAAAGAGGCUUGGGCCGAUGUUACAUCAAUUUUAAACAACGAGUUUGUUAAUGAUGUCCCAGUGGGCGGAUUGAAAAUAAUACAAGUACAAACAAGGUGGAAAAAUUUACGUCAAAAUGGGAAAGAAGAGGCUCAAAAAAAUAAAAAGCAUAAAAUGGCAACUGGGGGAGGGCCUUCUUCAAGUAUUUCUGGGACUGCACAAAAAGUAAUAGAGAUGUUUGGAACAUCUGCUGCUUUCUCCGGUGUACCUAGAGGUUUUGAAUCUGGAAUUUCUCGUGGUGAAGUACUCCAAAUGAUGGAAGAUUUAGGGGACGAUGAUCUAGAAAAUGAAGAAGCAGAUUUGUUUGAGCUGGAACAGAUGGAGACUCCAAAAAGUGGUAAUAUUAAAAAGGCAGAGUCGACAUUCAUGUGA